UACACGUAGCUUACCUCAAGAACUACAGAAGACAUACGGUAGCGCACAGACCACCAAAAAUACAAGUGGACUGUGUGCAUUGCAAACUGCUAUAUCUUUCCCCCUUUCUAUAUGUACCUCUAAAGGUGUGACAGGGCUGUAGUCAAGCUGGGCUGGCCAGGCAUUGGGAUGUUGGUGAGUUGUCAACGGCCGUGCGGAUCAAUGUUUGUAUCUAGGUCACUCGCACGCGCGAACUGAACCACAGGUAACACACAUAUGGGGUGUCAUGGCGGCUGGCGGAGCAGAAGAAAGACGGGUUUAGAGACAGAGGUUAUGUAUCAGAACGGUUAUAUGUGAAUGACUACACAACAUUCACGAUCAGGUGAUCCCUGAUACCGUGUCACAAGUCAAACUGUAGGACCUGUCCGUCUACCACGUUAAAGUGUGGAGUCCAGACAAUGAUUAUCAACCUGACAACCGGGUUUCUUUUGAAAGCCACAUUGCUAACCCUCAGUGGUAAUGGUACAGGUUUUGGCUUCCUAGAAUACAAAGGCCAGAACUUACAGGUAUCUCAGAGCUCGGCCCUGCUCAAAACCAACCACCUGUACAAGAUCUGUUUAAACUUGGACUUCAGAGGUUAUCCACUGUUCAAGCUGCUGAUUCGAAGCAGCACGACAGAGACAGUAUACCGUGUGGAUCGCUGUAGUCACUCCUGCUACGACCUAUACCUGGAAUGCAAUGUCGAGUUUCCAUAUCGUCUAGAUGAAAGUGGUGACAUCAGACUGUUUUUUGAGGCACAGUGGUCAGCUCUGUGCUUUAACACAGCUUUGACCUUUGAACAGGCUUCAGAGUUCUGUGAGAAAUUCAACUUACCCAGUUAUAGUGUUGAAGUCCUUCGUGGAAGUUUCGGAACGUAUCAAAACUCCUGGAAGAUAGGCGAUAGCUGUUCAAGUAAAAUUUUCAAUAAUUGUACAUCUAUACGGCGACUAACAACAAAUGCGUGCACCGCUGGAACUCUGGCUGCUAUCAAGUGUAAAAUGCCAGCUCCAGAGUUUCGAUUGCUGGACUGGGGUGAAACUCGUCACAGAGGCACAUUAGAGGUGAAAGUUGGCGAAACAUGGAAUCAAGUCUGUUCAAAGGGAUUUACAUUAGAUGAUGCGAGAGUAGCCUGUCGGACCUUGGGAUACCCUAGUUCGGACGCAAAUUAUCACCGCAGAAAAUAUAGUCUUUCCCGGUUUACUCGUUAUUCGGGUCAGUUCAGGUGCACCGGAAGUGAAGCAUCUCUCACAGACUGCCCAGGACUUGAGGAGGACUAUAAAUAUUGCUAUUCUGCAUACGUGACGGAUAUCUCAUGUACUGAAGCACAAGAAGGUAAAUUACGCCUUACUGGGGGAUAUGACGGACUGUCAGGACGACUAGAGGUUUUCCAUAACAACACCUGGGGACCAGUCUGUAACAAUAGCUUUGGGGAACCGGAGAUCAGCACAGCCUGUAACCAGAUCUCCAGUGGACGUGCUAAGAAAGGAAAACAUAUCCGUGGUGUAGGAGUAUUGCCUCAUUUAACCGCCAGUGAUAUCAUGCUGAACGGAUUAGACUGUGCAUGGAUUCAGAGUCGAUUACUGGACUGCCCGCACUAUAUAUGGGGAAUAGACACCUGCCACACCAGCGUAGUCUACUUGUCAUGUACGGAGGAGCGGAACUUGUUUCGCCUUGUGGACGGGGAUGGUUCAUAUGGUCGACUUGAGGUGUAUCAUGACAGUCAGUGGGGAACAAUCUGUAAGAAAACUAUUGGGGAGAACGAGGCAAAGGCUGCUUGUGAAACACUCGGGUUAAGCAAUUUAUUAGCAAGGGUUGGGACAUCUGGUCCGGGUCAAAGAUCGACUCGAAUCUGGCUGGACAAACUGAUUUGUGAAAGCGGCACUAAACAUCUGAAGAACUGUGUGCUUGGGACAUGGGGCGAAGUAGCCUCCGAAUGUUCCAAUGAAAUGGACCUUGUGAUAUAUUGUGAACAACUAGAUAAAAGCAAAUCAGCCUUUUACAUCCAUGGAGACCCAAGCUAUACAAAUGAAAUCGGAAUCGUUGCGUUCAGCUAUUAUAGCACAGACUUCUCUGUGAGAGGAGACGUGUGUAUGGAAGCCCCCUCAGAUGAUAUUGCUGUGGUUGCCUGUAGAACUUUGGGACUCCCAACAAAACAUGCGACCCUGCUUUCGGAAACUGUUUUCCCGCGUAUAAACACUGAGUCAUCUUUGAAUGGUGUCAAAUGCAAUGGCCAGGAAAUGCACUUACUGAACUGCCAGUUUUCGUCCAUGAAGCAAGUAACAUCUUGCAAAGGUCAAAACAAGUUGGUUGUGGCAUGUGGUUUAUCCCUUCUGCCCGACUACACUCUCAGACUGGUGAAUGAAUACUCCACCACAUCCGGCAGAUUACAGGUUCUAAUGCAUGGAGUUUGGGGUUCAGUCUGUGAAAAUGGAUUUGAUUCAAAAUCAGCCGAGGUCGCCUGUCGUAAACUGGGAUUAUCAACAUCAAAACCUAGCGUGGUCUUUACCCAAGAGAGCGACAAGAAAUGGGCGGCGUGGCUGUCGGACGUAUCAUGUGAGGGAUGGGAGGCGGGGCUACAUGAUUGUUCAGUGUCUCUGUCCCCUCGCUCCUGUCCAAAUAAUGGCAAAGCAGUGUCAAUCAAGUGUCCCACCUAUAUUUAUGUCAUUCCAGUCAAGGCUGUUAUAGGUGGCAUAUCAGCAGGUCUCCUAGUCAUUGGCGGAAUUAUAGCUCUUGUGUGUUGUAUCGUUAAGCGACGCCGGAGAUCCCGUCCACCAACUCAGACCACGGACAAUAACUUUUCUUUGGCCAGUCCCUCGAUGGUGCCCAUCGAUCCGUCCGCACCCCCAGAAUACCUGGACGUUGGAAAUACAACAGACCUGCAAAUGACAUCUAGCUCCGAAGCACUACCAUCCGAUUGGAUGAAACCUCCUCCCAGUUAUUCAGAGCUUUUUCCGGAAACGACGGCUUGAAGAGCGAGGUUGUUGGUGGGAGAAGACAGGUGAAAACUAUUACUUAUGGUGAUAAAUAAUAAUGAACAAGCUGUGAUAGCAGAGUCCCUGCCAUCUUCAGUCAUCCAUGUUUGUUAUUUGUUGAUGACACCGUUCAUAAUAAACUGGAAUUUCAAGUUUUUCACAGUUAAGCGCCGAAUGACCACUAUUUGAUCCCAGGUAACCUGUGAAUGACCGCCUUUUCGUCCCAGGUAACCGGUGAAUAACAGCCUUUUGGUCCCAGGUAACCGGUGAAUGGCGGUUGUUUAACACCGUAGAGAGUGUAUAUUUUAAGACUCCGUCUAACACACAAUACGUAGUCAAUAAUUAAGUAUAAUGAAAUGAGUUAAAUUUUUUCAACAAAAUGUAUGGGUGAUUACAGAUAAUUUCAAUGAUGUGAGGGCCAGGAAUUCACAUCAGAGGUGAGAAGAUUAACAGCUUUACCUAUUGUUCGGUUAAAGAAAUCUUUGUCUUGUGCUAAUAUUUCGUAAGUGAUACAGGUGCAUGUAGUCAUACGUGGUAUAUAAUAUGGUCUACAAUAGUUGUGUUUGAGUGUAUUUGUGAAUUGUUUUGGAAUAUAUUCACCUGACCCCGUUGACUGAGGCAAAUAGUAACACCUGCGACAUAUAUAUUGUUUGUAUGUUUUUUCUCGUUCAAAUGGCAAUGUAGCAAUACAAUGACAGUAGCCUUUUUAAUGUGUGUGUG